UUAUUUACUUUAGUUUUAGUGACAAAACAGACAAUGUUUAUGAAUUUACCGGUAACCUAAUAUACAAUGUGCAUGGCAAAGCGAUUGUAGACUACUAACUUAACACGAUGAGGAUGAAAGGGAAAAGGAUUUUGACCAUCUGCAGUAUGUUAGUAGUAUUAUGGGUUUUUUAUAUUAUUUUUAUGGCUGUAAAACACAAGAUAGACCGUGUAAAUAUUAAUGACAUCUAUGAUGUUGUUAAAUACAUUCCGCCAAAAAUAUUAAGAACUGCAAGAUGGGACUCAUCUAAAACACCAGUUAUAGUUGUAGAAGAACAUCAUGAAGUUAUUCCAUACUGGUUUGCAGCAGCUGAAAGCAGUUUAAUACCUAGAGAUGGUGUGACAAUUCUCCAUGUGGAUGGACAUUCAGAUACAGGAAUUCCAGAAGUGAGAAACAAUUUUCCACUUUUUCAAUGGCCAAGAUCUUUGUCCCAGCUUUAUACACUGAUGCAGAAAAAUGAUGUAUUUGUAGUGGGUGCAAGUUUGACUGGAUUAAUAAAGAGAUUUAUAUGGGUGUGGCCACCAUGGGAUAAAGUAAAUCAUGAUAAUCCACAUAUUACAGCAUAUCUAGAGAUUGGUAGUACUGUUAAAUCGUUGCCCAAAACUGGUCAAGAGGUUAUAGUUCUAUGUGGUUGUGUUACUACACUCAUUGAUAAAAAAGGCUGCUAUAUGAUGAACUACACUAGCAUUUAUAACGAAGAUUACAUACCAAUUAAAAAGGAUGAAUGCUCAUUUUCUCAAAAUAUUACUGGAAUUUACGAAGAAAUCAGCGAAGGGGAAGCGAUUAAAUUAUUGAAAUCUGGCAAUUGGAUUACUCCCGGUGAAGAUGUUAUUCUUGAUGUAGAUGAAGAUUAUUAUGGCUGCGAAAGUGUUUUCACCAAGCUUUAUAAAUCGGGUGUGAAAGACUUUAUUGCAGAUAAUAUGGCAGCAAUAAUAAAUAAUAUGUUUUGUUCAUUCACAGUAGCAGGGGAAAUAAUAGCAGACAAUUUUUAUAAUUCAGUCAUUAAAAUUGUUUUGGCUGAAAAAACAGAAAUGCUCAACUGCAGACGUUCAACACACGACUUGGUUUUGAUAAAUAAGUGUUUAACUUAUGUACAAUUGCAACAAAAAGUAUUUAACAUGAUUCCAGAUUUGACUGAAAAUGUGAAGAAUUAUCAAGAAUCCGUCUUGUGCUCCGACAAUGAUCAAAUUAAUCAUAUAUUUCUACAAGGACUAUUAAGAAAUAUGGUGAAAUUAACAAUUCCGCAGUUAAAAGUGUUAGCCAAUGUUGGAAUUUGCCUAUCCAUUUCCCCCAGGACUCUUGAGUAUCAACCAGAAAUGCGAUUAUGUACAAGUUACAAUUUGCCAAACAGCACAACUGUUUUUUUUCAUUCCCCCAGCACCAAAGAAAUUGAACACAGAACAAAGAGACUAGAACUUUUGUUUUCUGCAAAAAAUCUUACCCCAAAAUUUAUUACAAUUACUCGUUCUGUUAGAGAUGGUUACACACCAAGAGAGCAGAGUUUUAAAAUAGAAUCGGAUAUUAUGAAAGUACUACGAUCAUCAUUCCUUGGAUUUGAAAAAGACAUGGUUCAUUUUGAUAUCAAUUUAUUGGGUGGGUUAGAAGGUUGGUCUGGAAGACAUUAACUUUUUAUUUGUAAGAAUAAUGCGAUCCAUGUUUUGAUUAUAUAUAUAUACAAGAAUUUCAAAUUACAGAUUUCCAAGGUUUGAAUGUGGAGUUAGAAAUGUAAUUUUUAUAGUUCGAUUUAGUUAAUUAUGCAUUCACUAAUCGGCAUUUUAAAGGGACAAUAACACUCUUGCUGGGUUGACAGCUCCAGAAAAUAAAAAAUAGCCUUAUUCUAAGUACUAGAUGUGUUAGUGUCCUACCUGUUGUGUAAAUUAUCCAUUAAAUCCUAUUUUACUUUUCCAGAGGGUUCAAAAAUAUUUUUAAAUCCAAGUCACAUUUGAAAAGCUUUACGUCAGGCUUUUCAAAUCAUUUAGUUGAAUUUUCCGAUUUUUUAAAUUAGGUGUGUUAAGAUGAAAUUUGUAUCAUCAAUCAAUUUGUUGACCAGAAUAAAGAUUGGGACAUAUUAUUCAGUUACAACAAGAUUGGUAUUGAGCCUUUAAUAUACCCAAACAUUAAAUGUAGGACUGUUACCUUGACUACGGGAAGAUGGAUAUAGCCAGGAAUUGUUAAGCAUUGGACUUAACUCAGCAUUUAUGGAAAGUGGUACACAUGAUUUUGAAGAAAAGUAGCAUGAAUCUCCAUUUAGAUUACUGAUUGUUUUGACAUUUAACUUUAUUAAGCCCACAUUUUAUGCUCAGAAUUGGUCUUUUUUUUAAGUUUGCUGGAAUAUUAGAACUAGUCAUAAGGAGGAAACCAAGCUAUAUUCACUUCACAGUAGCACAUAACUGACCAUUUCACGACAUAUUACAUUACAUUCUUAAUGCCGUCUUUUAAAGAUGAUGCUGUUAAGAUGUAUAUUUAUUACAAUGUGGGGAUAUGAACAGAUCAUGCUAAAUGUGUGUAAAAGGAGAACUUAGUGUACCUAAAACUGUAUUCCAUUUUAAUUUUUAAUCUAGUUAAAUUUUACCUGCAAUUGUCAAUUUUUUUUUUUAUUAUUAUGUUUUAAUUUUUACCCAAAUAAUAAUUUAAUUUGAAUGUGAAUUUUUAACAUAUAAAAUUGUUAUAUAGUUUGAA